AUGCCCCGCUCUCCCUCACCCUACCGCCGCCGCCGUUCCCCCUCACCACCUCGCUACCGCGGCGGCGGCGGAGACAGAUACCGCGGCGAAGAUUGGGACGACCGUGACAACCUGCGCCGACGCAACAAGCGCGGCGGCCGGAAGGAGAAGGAGCGUCGCGCGGCCGUGGCAAUCGAGGACGAGUGGGGUGCCUACAACCGCCGCCGGGGACGUGAUCGCAGCCCAUCAAGCUCAGUCCCAACGCCGAGCAGAGCCGGCUCACCUGAAGAGGGACAAAUCACGAGCCCUUCUCCGCGCCGCGAACGUAGUCCUAGUCCGCGUCGAGACCGGGAUCGGGAUCGUGACAGGGAUCGCGACCGCGAUCGCGACCGUGACCGCAGCCGCUCACCACGCCGCUCGCCUUCUCCACAUCGGUGGCGCGACCGUGAGCGUGAGCGCGAUCGUGAGCGUGAGCGCGAUCGCGACCGCUCCCCACGUCGCGGGUUUCAGGACAUGUAUGCGGACCGAUACCGUGGGGAUGACUACGACGACGACCGCGACCGCGACGACAGGGACCGCGGGCGGCGACGAUGGGACCGCUCGCGCUCGGCGAGUCCGCGUCGGCGUUCGCCUAGCAUAUCGUCGCCCGACUCGCGCCGAUCGCCCAAGAGCGGAGGGAAUAGUCCGCGGCCCACCUCGUCAUCCGCAACGCCGCGGCGCCCACCUACGGGACCUCGCGCUUAUGGACCUGGCUCGCGCGGUCCCCCGACUGGGUACGGCGUGCCCGUACCCCUCGAGGGCGUACGUCCCCCAUGGGCUGCUCGCCCACCACCCAACGCGCCAAGCGGGCCGGCUGCGCUUGUGCAUGCCUUACCCGUUCCCAUUCCCAUUUCCAUUCCCAUUCCCAUGUCCGUGGCCGUGCCAGUUCCAGUGCAAGUACAAGUGCCCGAGGACCCCGAAGUGGCUGCCCGCGCCGAGCUCCCGGCUCUCACAGUGUCGUUCGUGGGCGCAUGGGAGGUCGAGCUGGCUGCUCACCAUAAAGUCAUGGCAACCGCUCAGGCGACCACGGAUCGGGCACUGGCAGCGCAGCGUGUCGCGGCAACUAUACUUGCCGACGCGGAGGCUGAGAUGGCCGCGGCGGCGGAGCGGCACAAGGUCACGGAAGAGCAGCUGGGGGCAUCAAUUAACGCCAUGAUUGGUGUGUAG